AUGAAAUAAGAUUCCAAAAGACACAAAACAUAAUAUUAUAAGCUUUCUUCUGAACUCAGACAAACCCUCAUUCAUUUAAUUUGCCUAAAGGGUUUGAAAAUAAAGCAAGUUUUCAUUCAUUCUAUUUUUAGGCUGCAUAACAAUUAAACAUCAAGUAUUCAGUGGCAAAAUCCAUAUUCUUCUACUAUAGAAACAACAUGAUCAGAAAUAAAUAAAGCUUCUAUUCAGCAAAGAGAUGCUUUUAUAGAAAAACAACAAAAGAGAUCGUAAUUUCCAGAAUAAUCACCUAAAUUGCUGGUGAGUAUGUAAGUUCAAAAAUAGUACAUUAAACAACCACUCAGGUUUCAAUGUGA